AUGGAUAGACAGGUCGUGUUCGAGAAACAGCGGAACAGGACCAUUCAGUACGUCGCGGAAGAAUGCGUAGCCAUUGUUGGUGCUGCGAUCGUUAGUUUCUAGAUCCGAGAUCGUCAUGGGCACGGAAACCCAUUCGAGUGUACGAAACUCGAGGAAAAUGUCGGUGGAGCCCAGUACGAGGCACUGAUACAAUAUUAGUACGAGAGAUCGACGUUUGUAUUCGUAAGUGUGGAACUAGUUGGUCGGGCAGCGUCCGCGUUCGUCGUGUAUGCGAACCGAGCGCUCGCGCUCGCACGAGUGAGAGUGAGUGAGUGAUACGGUGGGGCACAUUCGGCGACGGCCAUAACACCGACCAACCAAACUAGCAAGCAGGGAGAAAGCGUAGUGCGAGUGUCCAAGACGUAGUGGUAGUGUUUUUCGAUAGAAUUCCUGUGAAAAGUGGACUUCCAUUGAUCAGGUAAGUGAUUGCAAGUAAUUCUGAAGUUUCUGGCUCCGUUGAUGAUAAGUAUAGCGCGUGGUGUGUGUCGUGGUGGUGCGUAAGUGGCGGCUGUAGCGGCGGGCCCUUGAGAGCUUUCUUUCUUGAGCGGCCAUACCGCCAUGUUGAAACCUACGCCAAAUCGAGUGACCGAAAAGGCGCCUCGGCUAUUUCGCGCGCGCCACAACUCUCUAGUGUGAGAAACAUUUGGCGAUUUCUGCGCCAGUCGAGCGCUCGGCUAGAUUCUCACACGGCGGCUUGCUCGUGUUUGUUGUGCGUCGGCUGGGUGCAUCGGCUGGGCGCGGGUCUGCUACCCUUCCCCUCGACAUCCUCUCCUACUUGUCUCCUCCUCUUUCCACUCCUGCAUCUACCGCGUUUAUUUUUCUGCGAUCGUCUUUCGCGGUUCUUACCUUUCCCCUUUCUUACUUUAACAACUUUUAACCACCAAGUACUUUAUUCGACCCGCGAAUUCUCUUAUCUCUGCCCUUGAUACUCUACGAAUAAAACGUCUUCGCGGCAUGGAUUGUUCUGGCAAUAUUCCUCUUCGCCACGGCAGAAGCUCUUGCUUCCCAUGGUCGAGAUCUUAUGGUCGUUCACAACAUCGUUUUUUUCCUAUGCAUUGUCAAUUUUGUAUUUUAAUAGUCAGCUCACUUUCUAUACCAGUGUACCAGUUAUUUGUGCUACUUUUAUCAAACUUUCCAUUUUGGCUUACACUGGUUUUGAACAAUAGGGUAUGCACGUUGACUCUUGUAUACAUUUGCAGAUCACCAUGUGUCAGAAGUAUUACACUUUGGACACCAUGUUCCUGAUUGAUUCAUUCUCUUUUUUAAAGUUUUUGCAUUAUAUGUGUUAUUUACAUACAUCUUCUUGAUAUUUUUUGUAACUUCAUUAUAUGGAACUUUGUUCUAUUGACAAUUAAUUUCACACUUUACAUUUAUUACAAAGAACUAUGAUAUUGGAUAGAAGGUUGUAAAUUAUGAUACUAUCUAUAUGUAUAUUUCUAUGACGAGAUACAUAAGAGCAGAUUUAUAGCACAAUUUAAUCACGUUUUUUGGAUUAUUAUUCUUUAUGAUUAAUGCAAGAAGAUAUAAUUCUUUUUUUGUAUUCAAGGAACUUUUAUAAGUAUCUGGAUAUUAAUAAACAUUGAAUAAGCAUUGUUAACUUUGAUACAUGCAUUCUGUCUUACUGCUGUUUCACAAAUUGUAGUUUUCAGUUACAAAAAUAAGUUUGCAAUAACUUCAUAGUUAGGAAAGGUUUAAAAGAGCAAUUUGAACGUGUUUUGGUAUAGCGACCAAUAGAUAUUGUCAGUUUAUGUAUAAAAAAGAAGAAAUUACAAAUCAAGCAUGUAUCUCAUACAUUCAAUUUUGCAUGAUAUGUUAAAUAAUUCAUAGCAAUGUGUAUAUAUACGUACAUAUACACAAAUAACUUGAAAAUAAAUCAAUGUUUAACUUGCUCUAAAGCGAUAAAACAGUUUGGGGUUGUUACAAUACGGGGUCCUGUUGUUAUGUUAUCCAGAUGUUGCUAAUGUCGCGAGUCUUGGCUGGAGGUACGGAGUCUCACAGCAGUGUACAGGGCUGACAUUCAAAGUACUACCAUUUGGUAGGCUUGAGUAGUGUUAUGCCUCCACGGCACCAAUCUUCCUGGUUGCAGCGCAAUCAUCUUGGCAAGCAAUUAGUAAGCUACCAUGCUCAAUUCAGAAUAUAUCCUUGCCAUCUCAAUUGUUGAUGAAGCCUCAUAGCCUCAAGCAUCAACGUAAGGCAGUUACCUGCUGCAUAACAUUUAUACGAGUGCACCUGGUAAGACAUCAACUACACCAGCAACUCCUGUGAAGGAGCCACCACCACGUGAUGAACCAACCGUGGAACCUGUGAAUGGUGUAGUCCAACCACCUGUUGUGCCUCCACCUAAUCGCCCAGGGCGUGUUACUAAUCAACUACAAUUUCUUCAAAAAGGUGUACUCAAGCCAGUAUGGAAGCAUCAAUUUGCGUGGCCUUUUCAGCAACCUGUAGAUGCCAAAAAACUAAAUUUACCAGAUUACCACAAAAUUAUAAAGCAACCAAUGGAUUUGGGCACAAUCAAAAAACGAUUAGAAAAUACAUAUUAUUGGAGUGGAAAAGAAUGCAUUCAAGACUUCAAUACGAUGUUUACCAAUUGUUAUGUUUAUAACAAACCUGGAGAAGAUGUUGUGGUUAUGGCACAAGCUCUCGAAAAAUUAUUUCUCACAAAGGUUGCACAAAUGCCAAAGGAAGAGGUGGAAUUAGAACCCCCUGUUCCAAAGGGACCUAAAGGUAAAAAAGCUGGUAGAGUUGGGGCACCAGUAGGUGGUGUAGCAGGAAGUGCAGGAGGUACAGGUCGAGGCCGACCUUCCUCUGGUGCAGCUGCAGUUACUUCCAGUGUACCAAAUAGUUUAACACCUUCAGCUACAUCGGCUGGAACAACAGGUGUAAUUCCUAUGCCUCCUCUUGGCACUCAAGCACCUGCUUCUGUACCUGGGAGCACUAAUACAACUACUAUUGCUCCUCCAUCGAGCAUGGGAGUUACUCCUAUGGCUACACAUAAUUCUUUGCCUCAACAAGUGGUCCCUCCAACUAGUGGUUACCAUGCACAACCAGCAAUGGAUCCACAAGCAGCUUCUGCUGUGCCUCCUCCUCCACAAGUUCCCACGGCACCAACGGUAAUGCCUCCAUCCCAACCAGCGAAGCUUAAAAAAGGAGUGAAGAGAAAAGCUGAUACUACAACUCCUACUGCGAAUUCUUUUGAACCUUUAUAUAAAAUGGAUCCUAAAAAUGCCAAAAUACCCACAAGGCGAGAGUCUGGCAGACAAAUAAAGAAGGGAUAUGCAUGGCCCUUUUAUAAACCAGUUGAUGCAGAACUCUUAGGUCUUCACGAUUAUCACGAUAUUAUCAAGAAACCAAUGGAUCUUGGUACUGUAAAGACAAAAAUGGAUAAUCGUGAAUAUAAAACAGCACAAGAGUUUGCUAGUGAUGUUCGACUUAUAUUUACUAAUUGUUAUAAAUAUAAUCCUCCUGACCAUGACGUUGUUGCAAUGGCUAGGAAACUCCAAGAUGUAUUCGAAAUGAGAUACGCGAAAAUCCCGGAUGAACCAAUGGGAAGUAUGAUUGGUAUGAAAGGUAGCAGUAGUAGUGCCACUAGUUCUGGAUCUGAAACUUCUUCUGAGAGUGAUGAUUCAGAUGAAGAACGUACUCAAAAAUUAGUUGCUUUACAGCAGGAGCUGAAAGCUAUGCAAGAACAAAUGAGGAAAUUAGUGGAAGAAAGUGGUAAGAAAAAAAGUAAAAAAAAGAAACCGGAUAAGUCCAAGUCAAGGCCAAUGAGCAAUAAAAGUAGUAGUCUAGUUGCCAGUCAUACUGGUGCCAUGAAGGAACUAAUGAAACCAAGUGGUGGAAUCCCAAGUGUCUCUGAUAGUGUUGGUGCUAGUAUAGCCAGUGUUGCAAUGGGAGCAGGUGAUUUAAAAAUGCCUGGUGGUAUGGGUGGUGAUCUUCAUCAUCCUGCAAUAGCGGUAGGACCUAACAAAACUCAUGCAGCAGGAAGCAUGAGUCAUCAUCUGCCAACGGCGGCAAAUGCUAAGCCAAAGGGGAAAGGAAGAGGGCCCGGGAAAGCUGCAACAGCGAAUACUGCAAAUAAAAGGCCAAAAGCAAAUAGUAGAUCAGCUGGAACUAAAAAGAAAAAUGCUAGUAGUCAACCACCACCAAUUACAUUUGACUCAGAAGAUGAAGAUAACGCUAAACCAAUGUCUUACGACGAAAAAAGACAACUUAGUUUGGAUAUUAAUAAAUUACCUGGAGAUAAAUUAGGACGUGUUGUGCACAUAAUACAAUCUCGAGAACCUUCAUUGAGGGACUCCAAUCCAGAUGAAAUUGAAAUUGAUUUUGAAACGUUAAAACCAUCCACAUUGAGGGAAUUAGAGAGCUACGUUGCUUCGUGUCUUAGAAAGAAGCCACAUAAAAAAGUGAGUGGUAAAUCUAAGGAUGAACAAAUGGCAGAGAAAAAGCAGGAAUUAGAGAAAAGACUACAGGAUGUUACAGGGCAAUUAGGCAAUGUUAAGAAAGCUCCUAAAAAAGAAGACAGUAGUAAAUCAGUCGAUGUAGUUGGAACUGGAGGAGCUAGUGGGCCUUCGCGAUUGUCAGCAUCAAGCAGUAGUAGCAGUGAUAGUGAUUCCAGCAGUAGUUCACUUUCUUCGAGCACCAGUGAUUCAAGCGACAGUGAAGCAGGUUAGAUAUGAACCUCAUGUAACUGUUGCUAUUAUUAGACCCUUACUUGGGAACAAUAAACUACUUAAAAAGUAGUUUUCAUGAAAAUAUCAACUAAUUUUUCUGUGAGAUUUAAAAUUAUGGGGUUAUUUGCGACUGUUCAUUUAGAAAAUUUUUAGUCAAAAUUUUUCAUAAUAUUCAUUAUUUAGUAACUCUUUCAUAGAGCACAGGUUUCUAUUCAUGUCUAUGCCCGGAAAUAUAAAGACAAUAUACCUGCUAAUCAAUAAUCACGCAAUAUUGAACAUUUUUAUUUUCUUAAUAUUUUAUGGAAUAUUUAUAGUUUCUGUAGAUGAAAUUUUAUAAAUUUUAUUUAUAAUUUUUGAAAUAUUCAAGAGUUUAAAAAAAUUUUAUCAUUUUAAAUGAUACAUAAAAAUCAUAGACGUGAAUCUUUCCUAGUUACUUCAAAUAAAGUUAUUCACCAUUUCAUGCGAAUAUUUACUACAUAAAUAUUAAUAAAAGAGAUACAAUCAUUUCUUUCCUUUUUUUUUUUUUUCUUUGAUGUUAUUUUCAUUGCAUAGAGAGAAUGUUACUGUUUAUGCAUGUUUUCUUUUAUGUUUCAGUUGCUAUAAGUUAUUUUUAUUUUAUUUUUCUUUCUGUAUCAAUGAUUUUUCUUAAAUAUCUUUCUUAAGUAACUGUAACUUUUAUAUAAAGUUACUGAAACAAAUUUUUAUGUAUUUUAUAUUAAGUAAAAGGUACCGUGUUAAUAAUUAUAUAGUAUUAAUUUUUAAUGUAUUAAUCAUUAAUUUUUUAAAAAAAGAUAAAAAGAACACUUAA